AUGAGGAAAGGCCAAGAUAAAAUCUUCAUGGUCCUGGACUCAAAGAAGAUCGAGUAUGAAAAAGUGGACAUCACUGUGGGUAGUGACAACAAGGACUUGAUGAGGUCUGUGGCAGGAAACCCCUCUGCACUGGCCCCGCAAAUAAGCAACGGGGACAUCUACUGUGGGGUGAGUCUCACACUUUUACCUCCUGAAUAAUAAGGACCUGUACUGACAGUAUUACACACCAUUUAACAACAAACUUGAUCAUGAUAAGGUGUUCAUGAUUCACUCUCUUGCUGCAUACUGUAUGCCACGGGGGGAGAAAUCUUUUGGUUGUCAAGGGUGUGGAAAGAGAAGAGAAUAAAUAUUUACAAUAUAUUAAAGUAUCACAAGGUUUGCACUGACAAAGACUGCAGAAAAAAGAACAUGCACAACUUUUCAGCUACACUUACAACAGAGACACAGAUGUACUUGCACACACCCUGAUCAUCAAGCCUCACACCUCUGUUUGCCCCUUGAGGGAUUUCUUCAUUUUGGCACUCCACUUUUUCAUUGCUAUGAGUGACAGAUUACAGCCUAGUCUCAACAACAGGUAGUACAACAUCUCUGGAGAGGUAGAAAUUGUCACAGAGUAAUGUUUUAAGCCCUUAUAUCUUCUUCUUUUUCUCCUUGUUUAUUUUCAAAUGACAAGUUUCAAUAAGUCAAUGUGUCAAGCUGAAACAUCUCAACAAGUUUUUGACUCAUUUACUUUUGAUUUUGUCGAUACCUUCACAGGCACACAUCCUGUUAUCUUAGCGCUCUCCUUGCUUUCCCACCUGUCAUCAAAGCAGGACAUUGCUGACGUUAGCAUCAACACUCAUGGUAGUGAGUGUCAGCUGUAAAUAAGGGUCAAAAUGAUCCCCAGUCAGUCAAAUUUGUCAAUAAAAAGAGGACGCGAGGCCUUUUAUUUUUAUUGUAUAUUGUAAAUAUGUGCUAUGAAUUUAGAGACCGUGCAAAAGCAAAAAUUAAAAGAUUCAGUCAAAACCAACAAAUAACGAUGAAACAUCCAUGCAGGCUCAGCCUUAACAGCUAGUAACAGGAACAAACUAUUAACAUGAGGAGUGCAUUAGGGCUAUCUUAAAUUUUAUAGAACCUUUAGAUAUUAUUGCACCUAAUUAGGAUAUCACUGCACAUGCUUAUGUCCAAGGUGUAAGGUUCUUUAUUGUCACAGCAAAUGAAAACAAACAGUUUGUCCUCAGCCACCAGCUGAGCUAACACAAAGUUUUAGAAAAAUAAAAGCACAGUAACUAACAUUUAAAUUGUUAAAUUUUAAAAAUCGGAAGUGCAUCAUCAAAUUUGUGCAUGAUGAGCAGCAAAAUGUCAAACAAAUCUGGGACUUUGGCUUGAGGGGAGAUACUGCUCCUCAACUGGCUCACCCUGUGUAGCACCGUUUUGUCCUGGGAGGACAAGUUCCCUUAUGUAAUAUAAUCAUGAAUAAAGUUUUUUUUUUAUCUUGGUGUCUCUUUGUAACGCCUCACCUUCUUUUCUCUCUUUCAGGACUUUGCUGCAUUCGAGAACGCCAUCGAGAUGGAAGAAUUAGAGCAGUUUCUCAAACUUUGA